GCAUGCGCAUUGUCUUCUUCGCUCGCUCGCCUCUGUAAACCCUAUAAAAGCCUCUGUGAAUCAUACCCUAGGCAGGCUGCCUUAUCUGCCAGCGUCCUCAGUUAUCCCUUAGCACAGCGCGCGCGACGGAGAAAUGAAUACCUCUACCCUCCUCGCUUCUCAUUUCUCAACCGGCCGCUGCCCCACCUCCUCUUCUUUUCUCAAUCCUCUCCCUCUUCGAACAGCCACAAGCUUCAAUCUCUCCAAACGACGUCAAUUCAGAGUCUCAAUUCCGCGUAGUUCAUCGGAGGUUACGGAAGAAACCGUCUCGUCCUCGUCGCCUUCCUCACUUGAUGUUUUUGGUGGUAAGAAGGAGCUCACUGGGAUUCAACCUGUUGUUCGGUUAUUAUCUCCGCCUUUACGAUUAGCGACGUCGGCCAUUGUUGUUGCUGGAGCUGUAGCUGCUGGUUAUGGGCUAGGGUUGCGGUUUGGUAAGUCCCGUAACGCAGCUUUGGGUGGGGCUGCUGCUCUCGCUGCCGCAAGUGGAGCUGCUGUAUAUUCCUUGAAUUCAUGUGUUCCUGAUGUUGCGGCUGUUGAUUUGCAUAACUAUGUGGCUGGAUUUGAUGAUCCUGCGAAUGUGAAGAAGGAGGAAAUAGAAAGCAUUGCUGCAAAAUAUGGAGUUAGCAAGCAAGAUGAGGCGUUUAACGCAGAGCUAUGUGACUUGUAUUGUCGAUUUGUAUCUUCUGUUCUUCCACCGGGAAGUCAAGAUCUUAAUGGUGAUGAGGUUGACACAAUUAUCAAGUUCAAAAGCGCCUUGGGCAUUGAUGACCCUGAUGCUGCUGGUAUGCAUAUGGAGAUUGGUAGAAGAAUUUUUAGGCAACGACUUGAAACUGGAGAUCGUGAUGGUGACAUAGAGCAACGUCGGGCAUUUCAGAAACUUAUAUAUGUAUCAACCCUUGUGUUUGGAGAAGCGUCUUCUUUCCUAUUACCUUGGAAGCGGGUAUUUAAGGUUACUGAUUCUCAGGUUGAGAUUGCCAUCCGCGAAAAUGCUGAACGAUUGUAUAUUUCUGAGCUAAAAUCAGUUGGAAGAGAUGUUAACGCGGAGCAACUCAUAAGUCUAAAAAAUGCACAGCGUUUGUUUCGACUUUCUGAUGAGAUGGCAGAUGAUUUGUUUAGGGAGCAUAUGAGAAAGCUGGCCGAGGAAAAUAUAUCAGUAGCACUGAAUAUACUCAAGUCCAGAACAAGGGCAGUCAGGGGAGUCAUAGAAGUUGUGGAAGAGCUUGAUAAGCUACUGGAGUUCAACAGUUUGCUUAUUUCAUUAAAGACCCAUCCAGAUGCCAAUCGCUUUGCUCCUGGAGUUGGUCCAGUUUCUCUUAUGGGUGGAGAGUAUGAUGGUGACCGGAAGAUUGAUGAUUUGAAGCUUCUGUAUCGAGCAUAUGUUACAGAUUCUUUAUCUGAUGGCCGCAUGGAAGAAGAUAAGCUUGCUGCCUUGAAUCAGUUGAGAAAUAUAUUUGGUCUAGGCAAGCGAGAAGCUGAAAACAUUACACUUGACGUUACCUCAAAGGUUUAUCGCAAACGUCUUGCACAGUCUGUAAGUAGUGGCGAUUUGGAGAUGGCAGAUAGUAAAGCAGCCUUUCUCCAAAAUCUCUGCGAGGAGCUUCACUUUAAUCCACUGAAGGCCAGUGAGAUUCAUGAAGAGAUUUAUCGUCAAAAGCUUCAGCAAUGUGUGGCUGAUGGAGAGCUGAGUGAUGAGGAUGUAUCUGCAUUACUGAAGCUAAGAGUUAUGCUUUGCAUACCUCAACAAACUGUCGAAGCGGCACAUACAGAUAUUUGUGGUUCCUUGUUUGAAAAGGUUGUAAAGGAGGCCAUUGCUGCAGGUGUUGAUGGUUAUGACGCAGAUAUAAAGAAAUCUGUGAGGAAGGCAGCUCAUGGCUUGCGCUUGACAAGGGAGGCUGCCAUGUCGAUUGCAAGCAAAGCAGUUCGGAAGAUUUUCAUGAACUACGUGAAGCGAGCUCGUGCGAUUGGAAAUCGUACUGAAUCUGCAAAAGAACUUAAGAAGAUGAUUGCUUUCAAUACGUUAGUUGUAACAGAAUUGGUGGCUGAUAUAAAAGGGGAAUCUUCCGAUGCCCCGCCGGAAGAUCCUAUCAAAGAGGAACAGGAACAGGAACAGCUUGAUGAUGAGGAUGAGGAAUGGGAAUCACUUCAGAGUUUGAGGAAAAUAAGACCAAACAAAGACCUUUCUGCGAAAUUGGGGAAAUCUGGUCAGACAGAGAUAACUUUGAAGGAUGACCUGCCUGAAAGAGAACGAACUGACCUUUACAAGACAUAUUUGCAUUUUUGUUUGACCGGUGAAGUCGUCAGAAUUCCGUUCGGUGCUCAGAUUACGACAAAGAAGGACGAUUCUGAAUAUGUCUUGUUAAAUCAGCUUGGCAACAUUUUGGGUUUAACCACUAAGGAGACUGUUGAAGUACAUAGGAGCAUAGCUGAGCAGGCCUUCCAGCAACAAGCUGAAGUAAUUUUGGCCGAUGGUCAACUUACAAAGGCUAGGGUAGAACAGCUUAAUGAGUUGCAGAAGCAAGUUGGCUUGCCUUCUGAAUAUGCGAAUAAGAUCAUUAAGAACAUAACAACCACGAAAAUGGCUGCUGCCAUUGAAACCGCUGUCGGUCAAGGGCGACUCAACAUUAAGCAGGUUAGAGAACUCAAGGAAGCAAAUGUUGAUUUAGAUAGCAUGAUAUCAGAGCGAUUGCGAGAGACCCUCUUCAAAAAGACUGUCGAUGACAUCUUCUCGUCUGGCACUGGCGAGUUCGAUGAAGAAGAGGUCUAUGAGAAAAUCCCAUCGGACCUCAACAUUAAUGCUGAGAAGGCAAAGGGUGUAGUACACGAGCUGGCAGAAAGCAGGCUAUCGAACUCAUUAAUUCAGGCUGUGGCACUGUUGAGGCAGAGAAACCGUCAGGGGGUGAUAUCCUCUCUCAAUGAUCUUCUCGCAUGUGACAAAGCCGUUCCAUCGAAACCUUUAUCCUGGGAUGUGCCUGAAGAACUCGCUGAUCUGUUCUCUGUAUACGCGAACAGUGAAGCGUCACCCGAAAAGGUGUCCCGUUUGCAAUAUUUGCUGGGCAUAGAUGACUCUACCGCAGAUGCUAUCCGAGAGAUGGGAGAUAGAUUGCAACCUCUUGGUGCGGAGGAGGAAAACUUUGUGUUCUGAUUUUGUUGCAAUUGGUAAUAAAACAGGCACACCCUGGGGAUAGGAAGUGAAGUUUGGCCUUGGUGGGGCUAAUUUUUGUUUUCAUAAGUUUCCUAGUUUGGACGACGAGAGGCAACAUUAUUUGAUAGAUUGAGAUAUAUAAUUUGGUGUGAUGUUUGUAGCCACAUAUUUGGUUAAUAACUGUACUGCCUCCGCCCAUUUUACUCUCAUUUCCAGGGAAAGUCCACCAGAGGAGAUGGGAAAUGUCUCCUAUAUUAGUUCUCA